AUGGGUCACCAUUCAUGUUGUAACAAGCAGAAAGUGAAGAGAGGAUUGUGGUCACCCGAGGAAGAUGAGAAACUCAUCAAUUACAUUACAACGUAUGGCCAUGGAUGCUGGAGCUCAGUCCCUAAACUUGCUGGCCUUCAAAGAUGUGGAAAGAGUUGCAGAUUAAGGUGGAUAAAUUAUCUCAGACCUGAUUUAAAACGUGGGAGUUUCUCUCCACAUGAAGCAGCUCUCAUCAUUGAACUCCAUAGUAUUCUUGGCAACAGAUGGGCACAAAUAGCAAAGCAUUUACCGGGAAGAACAGAUAAUGAAGUGAAGAACUUUUGGAAUUCGAGUAUCAAGAAAAAGCUUAUCUCACAUGAACAUGUGCCGACUUUGGCCUCUUUUGCUGCUGAUGUUCAUAAUUCAACCCCUUCGGAGGACGCAGCUGCUGGUUUCAUCUCUUUAAAUGGAAAUCCUAAUUUGAUUCUCAGUACUCAAAAAGAUCAGCUCUAUCUUUCUUCCCCUACAGCUCCACUGCUACAAAGCUUUGUUCAUCACCAUUCGGAUUUCAAGCCGAAUUCGAGUAGCUUUAACGUGGAUUUGGUUCACCAUCAUUUCCCUAUGCUCCCACCACUGCCGCCGCCACUGCAUUCGAAUGCGCCUUCCUUCGACGUUUCGUGGACAUUGCCGUUUGCACCUCAACACGACCUCGAAGAUCAUCAAAAUCAAGACGGCGUAUUCGUUAGCGACAAGCUUACGAGUCCUAACAACGGCUACGAUAACUCCUUAAUGGUUCCUUCUCCGACAGUGCCCAAACUCUGUGAAAUCCUCGAAGGUAACAUGAUCUGCAACAUCCCACAUACGUCGGUUUCACUAGAGAACAACAUUGACCCACUCGUCUCGAGACUCUCGUCUUGUUUCCCCAACGCACAUGAGAUGCAGGUGGAGUACAAUGUCGAUAACAUUGUCACAUCGAUGCGUUCGUCUUCAUCUUCGUCUUCCUUAUCAGCCUUAACCGGUGCCGGGCAGUAUUUGACAAACCCUAAUCUUCCUUCAACCAGUUGGGAGCCUUAGUCGUUGCAGAUUCAUCAGUCCUAUGG